GCGGUCAUUUGUAUUUCAGAAUUUUGUUGACUACGUCAGUUGAAGGUGGCAAAUAUUUUUCGCCAUGAAGCUGCUGAUCCUGCUUUUUGUGUUCAUCGCUUUGGCAACCAAUUCUUUGGCUCUGAAAAAUAUUGAAUGUGGAUUACGCCCUGCAGCAAAUGGCCGUUGCCUGGCAUUAUUCCGAGUGUGGACUUAUGUUCGCAUAUUUAACAGAUGCAUUCCUUUUAACUACGGAGGAUGUGAUGGCAACGAAAAUCAAUUUGAUUUCAAGGAACAGUGUAUAGAUAAGUGCGUGGAAUAAUGUCUUUAUCAUAAUAUCUGUAGAAUAAAGAUUGUACGCGUACGCAGCACAACACAA